AUGGCGAACCCUCUCGACACCGAUGCCGGCUCGGAGCUGUUCAGCACCUACGAGGCCGAACUGAAACUUGUGGAAGCCGACAUCAACCAGAAACUAGACCAGGUACCAGAGCUGGCCGGCGAAGAGCGCAAAGCCGCCAUCCGCGGUGCGGAGCGGGCACUCGAGGAGGCGAAGGAGCUGCUGGACCAGAUGAACCUAGAGAAAUCCAAUAUUCCGACCUCGGUGCGGUCCAAGGUGAACGCUCGAUUUCGCAAUCACCAGUCCGACGUGGACGGCUUGAAACGCAAGUUGAAGUCGCUGGCCGACACGGACCGCAAACAACUCUUCGGCGAUCGAUACACAGAUGACCCUGAGGCCGGCCUCCGGGAUCCGCAACUCGAGCAGCGUCAACAGUUGUUGUCGGGCACGGAACGGUUAGGACGCAGCAGUGACAGACUGAGGGAUUCGCAGCGGAUUGCGCUCGAGACGGAGCAGAUUGGUGCUUCGACCCUGGCAGAUCUGCACCAGCAGCGCAAUGUCAUUGAAAACACACAUCGCAAUCUACUGCAAAGUGAGGGUUAUGUGGACAGGAGCGUCAAGACGCUGAGGGGGAUGGCGCGUAGGAUGGCUACCAAUCGGGUAAUCACGAUCGCGAUCAUUACGGUGCUGGUACUCCUUAUCAUUGGCGUGAUUUACAGCAAGUUCAAGUGA